UCUACCCAUACAUUGUUGGCGUCAAGCUUGCAAUCAAACAUGCAAUGACUAGUGAUAGUGACCACUACAAGGAAAUGGGUGAAGCAAUGUUGGAGAAGUUUGACAAAUAUUGGGAAGAAAAGAACAAUGCCAUGGUGAUCGCAACCAUCUUUGAUCCACGGUACAAGAUGGGUUACAUAGAGUGGGCCUUUGGAGAACUAUAUGGAGAAGGAAGUACGAGGUUUAGAUCUGAGAUCAAAAUCGUGGAGAAAGAGUUGGCGGCCUUGUAUGACAAAUGUGUUGCUCAAGAUAAGCGAGCUGGAAAUGGAGAAAGCUCAUCUUCCUCUACAAACAUUCCUAGUAUCCCGGUUCAAGCUGGGUACGAGUCCUUCUUAUCAUCCCGUUCAACAAGAAUAUCAAAGAGUGAGUUGAGGAACUACUUAGAGGAUGAGGUUGCCCCUCGCAACAAGGCUCUUGAUCUUCUUGGUUGGUGGAAAGACAAUGCUCCUAGGUACCCAAUUAUGGCCAAGAUAGCCAGGAGGUUCCUUACUAUCCCGGCUACCUCCGUGUCUUCGGAAUCUACCUUCAGCACGACCGGGAGGAUUUUAGGUAUGUCAACUCGUACUAUUGAACUUUGGUUAUAAACUUGUCAACUUCUCAUCCUCAAACUAUUUUGUCAACUUGUGUCGUAUUAGAUGACUAUAGGAGUUCGUUAAAACCGGUUAUGGUGGAGGCAUUAGUUUGUGGUGCAAGUUAUAUCAAGGG